AUGAGCGGCCAUCCAUCUUCGUCGGCUUCGCCAGGAGCUGCCGCACCACCGCCAGCGUCCCCAGACACAUCGUCCGACCCGAAGUCUCGUUCACAGACAAGAAAGCGAAAGGGCCAUCGCGGCGGCAAGAAGAAGCGGUCGAGGAGGAAGAGUUUUGCAGCCCUUGCCGAGGACAGCCAUGACGAGAUGCAGGAGCCGGGCGCUGGUUUCUACCAGCUGCCGAACAGCAACAUCAGCGGGACGAGCAUCGAUAGCGAGGCACUGUUAGAUCACAGGGAGCAGAAGUUUAUGCGUGUCCGCCGACAGUCAACCGCAGCCAUUAGUGGUGGUGCCUUCCAUAAUCCUUUCUCCACGACGCAGGCCAGCCGUCUCCGGUCGAUGCAGACGGCGAAUAGCGGCGACGACGACGCCGAGCCGAACACACUCGAUGAAACGGCACCUCUGCUGCAAGAGUCGACCACGUACCGAGCAUCGCCCACCAACUUCUCCGGCUAUGGUGCGAGCGACUCUCGGGCAACGCGCAACCUCAGCCGUAGGGCGUCCAGUAGGUCCUCGAGGACCCGGCUGACGGCCGCUCUCGGUACCAAAGAUCGAUACGACGUCAACCACCCCCCCUCGGUACCUGGAUCCCCCACCUAUGGCGGAAUGGACCGAUCCGAUGUCAAUUUUGGCGACGUCAUGAUCAGGGACGAAAUCUCGCUCAACGGCAGCCCCUGUCGCUCCAUCCACGAUCAUGUGUCGCUCUCCGACACCGACAGGCCUAUGCGGGACCCAACCCGGAGAAUGACCGAGGCCGUCGGCGACGUCUGCUUCCCGGGACCCGGCAUGUCGGACAUCGGCGACGAGGAAGAGACACACACCCAGGAUGCGGGCCUGCAUCAAUACCGAGGGCGUCGCCGACGGGUCCAGUGGCCGGAUUUGUCCGUGCUGGAGGAGUGGAGGCAUUUCGAAAAGGAAGAUCGCUGCGAGGAGGUCCGCGUCAAGAAGAUCACCGAACCGCAGCUCAUCAACGGGCGCCUCCGUCCCGUCAGGAAGGGCUGGUUCCGGACCGACGAAGAGACCCCUUACCGGUUCACCUAUUUCAACGAGGAGUUCCAGAGCACCAUCCAUAGCCAGACGAUCUCCGAGCUUGUCCAGCCGGGUAGUGACUUUAGGGAAUUGUUCAUUCCGGAUCCCAGAGUGCUUUCGGACGAUGAGAGCGACGACGAUGACGAAGAUUCGAGAUCGAUCCUCGGCCAAUCUCGUCCCUCAGCCGGUGGUGAGGUCGAGUCCAGGAUAUCGACUCGGCAGCCAUCGGUUGAGGAUUCUCAUCGAGAGAGGCUAGCAUCUCCAGUUCGAGAGGCCGCCGCCACAUCCGACCAUGUCACGCCAACGCCGAUCGAAAUCAAGUUCCCCGACGAUAGCGCGCCCCCCGGGGGGUCGCCCCAGGUCGGAUGUGACACAACACCACCAACGCCGAAGCCGGUGCGGUACGGCGACAGACCGGUCUGGUGGCUAGACGUUCUCUGCCCGACCGAGGAUGAAAUGAAGGUCAUCUCCAAAGCAUUCGGCAUUCAUCCUCUGAGCGCCGAAGACAUCAUGCUGCAAGAGGCGCGCGAGAAGGUUGAGCUGUUCCGCCACUACUACUUUGUCAACUACCGCACAUUUGACCAGGACGUUAACAGUGACAACUACCUUGAGCCCGUCAACAUGUACGUUGUCGUCUUCCGAGAAGGCGUCCUCAGCUUCCACUUCUCUAUGACGCCUCAUCCUGCCAACGUUCGUCGGCGUAUCCGACAACUCAGAGACUAUUUAAUUCUGUCAUCCGACUGGAUAUCGUACGCCAUCAUCGACGACAUCACCGACGUCUUCCAGCCUUUGAUCCAGAACAUCGAGGACGAGGUCGACGAAAUCGAUGACAAUAUCCUCAAGCUCCACUCGUCUCCCAAUAAGAGCCCCGCGGACGAGAAACAGGCACCGAAGCACGAUGAGGGCACUGCCAUGGUCGACUCGAGUGACAUGCUGCGCCGCGUCGGUGACUGCAGAAAGCGAGUCAUGAGCCUGUACCGCUUGCUCGGCAACAAGGCCGAUGUUAUCAAGGGAUUUGCAAAGCGCUGCAAUGAGCGUUGGGAAGUAGCGCCAAGGUCGGAGAUUGGGCUCUACCUCGGCGAUAUCCAGGACCACAUUAUCACCAUGACGUCUAACCUUGGCCAUUAUGAGAAAAUUUUGGCUCGAUCACAUGGCAAUUAUCUAGCCCAGAUCAACAUUCGCAUGAACGAGCGACAGGAACAGACGGCUGAUGUCCUCGGCAAGCUCACCGUUCUUGGAACCAUUGUCUUACCAAUGAACAUCAUCACCGGCCUGUGGGGCAUGAAUGUCUGGGUCCCUGGUCAGGAGUACGAAGGGGACCUCGCCUGGUUUGUCUGGAUCACCGCAGGCCUGUUUUUCUUUGGGCUCGUAUGCUAUCUGAUUGCGAAGAGAGUGUACAAGAUUGUAUAG